AUGGCUGCCACUACGCCUGCGCAACGCUUCGCUUUACCUACGACAGCAACAUCAACAAGCUUUCAGAGUCAUGCGCAGCCUGCUCCCAAACAUGCUUGCCACGCUAGUUGCAACAAUAAUCACAUCAACAGCAGCAACAAUGCCUUUAACUGCAGUAACAACAAUGCCUUAAGAUGCAACAACAAUCAUAGCAAUGGCUUCAGCUGCAACAACAACACACCUCCUAAUCUUAAUCCGCCGCCCGCCUUAUCAAACAGCAACAACAUGUUCUUUGUGCCCUUCAACAUGGCUGUGCCGCAACAACAUCAACCAUCACAGCAACUACGACAAGCAGCUGCAACUAAAUCGAAGCCUACAGUUCCUCCGCCACCGUUGCCACCGCCACCGCCUCUGCUGCUGCCCUUCGCCUUGCAGUGCCAGUAUCAGCAGUUGCCAGCAACUCCCUGCACAGCAGCCCCAGCAACAACAACAGCAACUGCAGCUCCCUCAGCAGCAGUGUCCGCCCAACCAAUUUCCGGAACUACGCCCCGCAAUGUGCUGUCAUUGAAAGCAGUCGCUGCAGCAGCCAUUAAAGCGCAUCAGCAGAAGGCGCUGUAUCAGGAGGAGGAGGAGGAGGAGGAGGAGGAGAAGGUGGAGAAGGCGAUACGACUGCAGAGAUAG